AAAAGCAAAUCCUACAGGGAACGGUGGCUGAUGUGAGCGUGCCAUUCGGGCUGUCAUUGAAACACAAUUGCUGCUUGGUGUAACUAAGCUGCUUUUGGAUGUUUUAGAUGUAAAGGGGGGCUGAAACGGCCUAGUAACAAAGCAAUCAUCUUGGAUGUUUAGGUCAUAAAGGAUUCUGUUAGCUUCCUCAACAUGGUUCGUCCCCUCUUGUUUGCAAGGCAUGCUCUACGCCUUGGCAAGUAUGCCAGCAAGGCAGCCUUACCACAUUCCCAAUGCAGCCCAGUUGCCUGCUAUAGCACUACCUCAGUCAGUCAGAAGGACCCCAGUUACAGUUAUGUAAUCGUGGGAGCGGGCUCAGCAGGAUGCGUACUGGCCAACCGCUUAUCAGAGAACUCAUCUGAGUCUGUUCUCCUUAUUGAGGCAGGCCCCAAGGACAUGCUGCUUGGGUGUACCCGUCUGUCAUGGAAGAUCCAUAUGCCAGCGGCACUCACCUACAAUCUGUGCAAUGAUAAGUACAACUGGUAUUAUCACACGUUGCCCCAGGCAGGAAUGAACGAACGGGUAAUGUACUGGCCUCGAGGACGUGUCUGGGGUGGCUCGUCCUCACUAAAUGCCAUGGUCUACAUCCGUGGACAUGCCGAGGACUACAACCGCUGGCACAUGGAGGGUGCUGAGGGCUGGGACUAUGAGCACUGUCUCCCAUAUUUUCGUAAAGCACAGACCCAUGAAUUGGGAGCAGACAGGUAUCGGGGUGGCAGUGGACCCCUGCAUGUUUCCCGUGGCAAAACAGAUCACCCUUUGCAUCAUGCAUUUAUUGAGGCUGCUCAACAAGCUGGGUACCCCUUUACUAAUGACAUGAAUGGAUACCAGCAGGACGGCGUUGGCUGGAUGGAUAUGACCAUUCACAAAGGCAAGAGAUGGAGCACAGCAAGUGCAUACCUAAGGCCUGCUUUGUCCAGAAACAACCUGAAGGCAGAGGUCCGAUGCCUUGUCACACGCAUACUGUUCGACGGGACUCGAGCUGUAGGAAUUGAAUACCAGCAGAACGGGGAGACGAAAAAGGUAUAUGCUGAAAAAGAGGUCAUUCUUAGUGGUGGGGCUAUUAAUUCCCCACAACUACUCAUGCUCUCUGGAGUGGGAAAUGCUGAUGACUUGCGCAAAUUAGAAAUCCCCAUCGUUCAGCAUCUACCAGGUGUGGGCAGCAAUCUUCAGGAUCAUUUGGAACUUUAUGUCCAGCAGCAGUGUCUCCAGCCUAUCACUCUGCUUAAAGCCCAGGAACCAUUUCACAUGGUUAAGAUCGGCCUCGAAUGGCUGCUGCGCUUCACAGGCUAUGGUGCCACGGCUCACCUGGAGAGUGGUGGUUUUAUUCGCAGUCGCCCUGGCGUCACUCAUCCCGACAUUCAGUUCCACUUCUUGCCAUCUCAGGUUAUUGAUCACGGCCGUGUCAGCCCCACAAUAGAGGCCUAUCAGGUUCAUGUUGGACCAAUGAGGAGUACAAGUGUAGGGUGGUUAAAACUGAAGAGCAGGAACCCCCUUGAUCAUCCUUUGAUUGAACCCAAGUAUCUCUCCACUGACAUUGAUGUAUGGGAGUUCAGACAGUGUGUGAAGCUGUCUCGGGAAAUCUUUGCUCUGCCAGCCUUUGAGCCGUUCCGUGGUAAGGAGCUUCAGCCUGGCCCCUCUGUCAACACUGACGCUGAGAUCGACGCUUUCGUGCGACAGAAAGCCGACAGCGCCUACCACCCCUCCUGCACCUGCAAGAUGGGCCGAGCCUCGGACCCCAUGGCUGUCGUGGACCCAGAGACUCGUGUGCAUGGCCUACAGGGCAUUAGAGUUGUGGAUGCAUCCAUUAUGCCCAGCAUAGUCAGUGGCAACCUGAAUGCCCCCACUAUCAUGCUUGCUGAGAAAGCUGCUGAUGCAAUCAAAGGGAUUCCUUCACUUCGAGACCAAGGAGUCCCUGUUUACCAGCCAAAAAGUCUUGAGACACAGAGAUGAGUGAGCUUGCAAAGAAAGCGGGAGGAUAUUGGGUAGGGUUGGGCGGUAUGACGAUAUUACCGUAUUCAAAAAUGGUGACGGUAUUCAAAAAUGGUGACGGUAUAUUUUAAAUGUGAAGCGGCGAAUUUCUGCUUCAGGUUUACCUUGAAAAGUAAGUGAGGGAGGGGUGGGAGGGGUAGGCGGUUGGAGCUCGCUGAUUGGCUGUGGGGUGCUUACUGGUGAUAACACAGAGAGACGAGUGAAGAGCCACACUGGCUAGCGUUAGCUGUGAGCUAACAAGUAGAAACUGAAAAACGGCUCGUCUUUUAAUUUUUCAAAAUCAACAUUUUUUAUCAGUUCAGCCGGAAAUGAACACAAGCGCGUGCAUGCGCGGACAUGUACUUAUUUACUAAAUAUAUCUUCAGUGUAAAUCGAGCACAAGUGUUGAGAAAAAGGAGCAAACAGUAAUAAUAACGUUACGCCCAAUCCGCUGUUCUGACUCUUGUCUGCCAUAGAUUUUCCUGCCUAUGUAAGAACUAUUUUUUCCUAAAUAAAAGCGCUAUAUUAAGAAAAAAGAACGUCUCACCUGUCGUGUAAUGUGAAUUAUAAAAUUUAUUGUCUGGCCCUUUAAGAAAGUUAAGCGUAGGGAGCGAGUGUGUAGGGAAUAGAUCGGAUUUGUACCGUUUCUGUGCUCGUGUUUUGCACUGAGCUUGUGUGACAUGUAAAGUAGCGUUCUCGUUAACCACUCAAAUGUUUGGACUUUGAAUUAUUUUAACAUUACUUUACAUCACCGUCAUCGCAACAUGAACAUUUACAUUCAUAUUUUUUGUUACGGUAUAGAACUUAAUUCUGGAUUACAGGCAUAACUAAUCGUACACGUUCAUACACUUUUAAGAAAUUUCUGUAACUAUAAACUAAGCAGUUAACUUUUGAAAUAUAUUGAAGUGUUUAGCCUGCUAUUAUUCUGUUUUGUGUGGGCAGAGAGAGAUUACAAUGCCAAAAUGUUGUGUGUUAAUGUUUGUGUUAAAGUGUAAUUGAUACACAUGCAUUUAUACUUAUGCGUAUUUAUUAUAGAUCAGAUAAGA